AAAACUAUCUACUCCUACUUCGAAUCAAACUUUCCAAAAAUUGAAAAAUAGGUGUGACGUGAUUGCCAAGUGAAGCCAGAACUCAUAUAAACAACACCCACCAACAAUAUCCCACGUGUUCCACAAAACCUACACCUACUUGAAAAAAGCUGUUGUCUUCAACUUCGCAACUCUUAUUAAGUCAGCACUCCUGUCCUUUUUAUAAACCCCCUAAAAAAAGCAUAAACAACCCAAAAUCAAACUGUUUUAUUUUACCCGAUUAAACAUCAAACAUGUCCGGAGAUUCUGCCGGAAAAUCGCCGGAAUUUUCGCCGGAAAACGAUUGGAUUAAUCUAUUGAAGAACUUGGAAACUACCCAGAUUGCUGAGGUUUUUGAUGGGGUUUGUUCAGAUUGUCAAACUCUUCUUAAAUCUCGAAUUCUUUCCCUCUCUAAUCAACAUACUGUCAAAGAAUCCAAUGAAGUCGGUGUCAAAGAAUCCAAUGAAGUCGGUUUAUCAAUGUCUAUUUCGUCUGAAACAAGUGCAAAUUCUACACCUUCUAACAAUAACCAACAACAUAGCAACCAGGAGAAAACCCAUCUUAGCACAGAAUCUGUCCAUUCAAUGAGUCAAGAAACCAAUACGGAUUACGAAUCUCCUUCACCAGCUAAUCAGAAGCCACAACUGCGUGAUCUUUUCAGUAACCUUAACUCAUCUCCGAGUAAUGGAAACCAUGUUUCUCCAUCUACUAGUGCUAAUGGAUCGUCAGAUGAAGAGGAGUGGCGCAGAUUUUCACAGGUUAAGAGGAAAAAGGAUUUUGUGCAUUAUGAGAGGGUAGAUGGGAAGAGGGUAAAUGUGGUGCAAGGAUUGGAACUUCAUACUGGAGUUUUUAAUGCUGAAGAACAGAAGAAAAUUGUCGAAUCUGUUUACAACUUUCAGAAACUGGGACGAAAAGGGCAGCUUAUGGAACGUACUUACUCUGAACCAAAGAAGUGGAUGCCUGGGAAAGGACGUGUGACCAUUCAAUUUGGGUGUUGCUACAAUUAUGCAGUGGACAAAGAUGGAAAUCCUCCGGGAAUAAUUAGGGAUGAGGAAGUUGAUCCCAUGCCUCCCCUAUUUAAACAGAUGAUUAGCAGAAUGGUGAAGUGGCAUAUCCUGCCUCCUACAUGUGUCCCUAACAGUUGCAUAGUGAAUAUUUAUGAUGAAGGUGAUUGUAUCCCUCCUCACAUCGAUCACCAUGACUUUCUUCGGCCAUUUUGCACCGUCUCUUUCUUGACAGAGUGUAAUAUCGUCUUUGGUUCGAAUCUCAAAAUCUUAAGCCCUGGAGAGUUCACUGGUCCAGUUUCCAUUCCUCUUCCUGUUGGGUCGGUUCUUGUUCUAAAUGGUAAUGGAGCUGAUGUUGCUAAGCAUUGCGUUCCUGCUGUCCCGACAAAAAGGAUUUCUGUCACAUUCAGAAGGAUGGAUGAUAGCAAAAUUCCUUACCAAUUCUCUGAUGAUCCUGAAUUGCUGAACUUAAAGCCUCUUGUUCGAUCUUCAUUGCCCAAAGUAGGCAUAGCAGUCCAAAAUCAACAUCAAGUUAAUAGAGUUAAUGGCAAAGCAGAUAAAUCAGAUGCGCAAGAAACAAUUGGCUUAUCAAACUCAAGAGAAACAGUGAAGAACUCUUUUGUCCUCCAAACAGACGACUUCCCCCCAUUAGGUGGCUUCAAAUCGAGGAAACGUUGAAUAAGUUUGGUGUGCAUGGAUGAUGAGUGAGGGUUUUUAUCUUGCAAUGAUGCUUUUGUUCUCAUGUUGUAUCAUUAAUGUGCCUUUUGAUGUUUCACAUUAAUUUUACUUUAUAUAACUUCAAUUUUUUUAGAGGGAUAAUUUUAAAGAUAUAUUUCUUAUACCAUUAUACUUUGGAAAAAUUCACGGGAAUAAUCCCACGUUUGGGCCAUUCAUUUUUAAUAAUCCCACCUUUGGAUUAUUAUUUAAUAAUCCGACCUUUACCUCCCAUUCUUUUUUUAUUGGUCCCAUUUGACCAGAAACCGAUUAAACCGGUCAAAAAAAAUUUAAUUUUUUUUCUUUUCUCUGUCCUUCCCCGAAACACCACCAGUGCUCCACCCACCACCACUGCACCACUCCGGUCCCAUCCCAACCGGUCCUUAUUCCACCCAACUCUUCUGCAUCCCCGGUUCCACCCCUUCCCGACCACCGCAGCCAACCCCCACCACCAAAAACUCCCACAAACUCCCCACCCCACCUGACCACAAUUCCCUUCUCCUUCACGAAUAGCAGCCUUGCUGCUGUUGUCUCUCCUCGCACCAACAAUAAAAGCCCCACCGCGGCGCCGCAUCACCAAUUCCCUAAUUGCGUAACAAAUCACAGCCAACGCCACCAAUUACCACCAAUUCGCCACCCCAAUUAGCAAUUCACCACCAAUUUCAACAUUUUCGCCCACCACCGUUGAUUUUGUUGAAAUUCGUGAUGGACGUUGAUGAUGGGCAUGAUGCGUGAAGCUAAAGAACAGAGCAACCACUAGCUUGACGGUGAUGAUGGGCUUGAUGUGUGAUUGACGGUGCAGUGGUCGGAGAUUUUCUCAGGGUGGGGGAACGUGGGCUGGUCACCGGUGGCUAGCAGGGCAGAGGGAAAAGGGGUGGGGUGGUCGGAUUUCAGAGGGGAAGGGGGUGGGUGGUCGCUGGUCAGAUUUGGGAGAGGAAGGGGGUGGAGUGGUCGGAUUUGGGAGUGGAAGGGGUGGUUUCAGGUGAAGGGGGAGUGGGGAUGCGGUGGUUUCAUAUGAAGGGGGUGGGGCUGUGGUGGUUGUUCGGUGGUGGGUGGUUGCUUGGGAAUUUUUUAUUUUAUUAUUUUUUCUUUAAAUAAAUUUAAUUUUUUUAAAAAAAAUUUUUUACCAA